CCAGGCUGAUAAGUGCUCUGAAAGAGGUAGGGGAUAUUCAUUCAGGGCUCAGACUCGCCAUAUCCUCAACAACCCAGAGAGCUAUAAAGUUAAAUAAAAGAUACACCAUCCUGGUGAUCUAAAGCAUUAAUAAUUCAGUUUAUGUUACAGUUUUAUCCGCCCUGGCGCGAUAAGGCGCACAGCAGAAGGUAAGCGCACAAGGGCGAACAUUUGUCCAUUUGAGUCAGUGACUGAAAAAUAACUGUGAAAAACUUAACCCAACGACAGAAGAAUAACGGGAAGGUAGAAUGUCUUAUUCCGCUACUUCUCAGGGGAACACACGGAGGUUUUCUGGUGUGGCACGUGGAAAUAGACCACCGGAUUUGGAGCUGUCGGAAACCAAUUUUUGCGCGCCUGAACCUGGGACACCUGUGGCCAACGAUACGUUUUCUGAAAGAGACAAAAUGCCAGAGGAUAGUAACACUCCCAACGAGGUACCCCCUGUUCACCUCCACCCGUACUUAUCUCAUCCCCGGAUGUCUGUGCGGAUGUCGGUGUACAGUACCGGGGUCCGUCCAGUCCUCACCCGCGCCUACAUCCAAGGACGCGUGUAUAACUUUCUGGAAAGGCCGUCUGGCUGGAAAUGCUUCGUCUAUCACUUCACAGUGUUUCUCAUAGUUCUGGCCUGUCUGAUCCUCAGUGUUCUGUCUACCAUUGACCAAUACCAGGCCUUGGCUUACACAACACUCUUCUGGGUGGAGAUUGUCCUUGUGGUAUUCUUUGGUGUGGAAUAUUUUGUCCGCCUCUGGUCAGCAGGUUGCCGCAGUAAAUAUGUUGGCAUAUGGGGCCGAUUCCGCUUUGCCAGGAAGCCAAUAUCUGUUAUAGAUCUCAUUGUAGUUGUUGCUUCAGUAAUUGUGCUGUCAGUGGGCUCCAAAGGCCAGGUCUUUGCCACCUCUGCUGUAAGAGGAAUUCGCUUCCUGCAGAUCCUGCGAAUGCUCCACGUGGACCGGCAGGGAGGAACCUGGCGUCUCCUAGGCUCUGUUGUCUUCAUCCAUCGGCAGGAGCUGAUCACUACCUUAUACAUUGGCUUUCUGAGCCUGAUCUUCUCCUCGUACUUUGUCUACCUGGCAGAGAAAGAUGCAGUCGACAGCAGUGGCUCAUCCGAGUUUGGAAACUACGCUGAUGCUCUGUGGUGGGGAGUGGUGACAGUCACUACCAUUGGAUAUGGAGACAAAGUGCCACAAACCUGGAUUGGAAAGACCAUUGCAUCCUGUUUCUCAGUCUUUGCCAUUUCAUUCUUUGCUCUGCCUGCGGGAAUCUUAGGCUCAGGCUUUGCCCUGAAGGUGCAGCAGAAGCAAAGACAGAAACACUUCAACAGACAGAUCCCUGCAGCUGCCUGUCUCAUUCAGACAUCAUGGAGAUGUUUUGCGGUGGAUAACUUUGAUUCUGCCACAUUCAAGAUGUUUUUGAGAAAGAGAUCCAACAUCACCGCCUCCUCUCUGUCUACCCCCAAACCCAAGAAAUCGGUGAAAAUAAGGAGGAUAUUGAAAAGCACUGACAAGGACAACGGUCCAACUUCUCCCACAAUUCCCAGCAUCACUUACGACACUGUUUUUGACGGUGGGAGGGAGCUGAGUUCAGAUGUUUACAGCACUGUGGGCACAGAUCACCAGCAGUCCUGGACGUCUUUGUCUUCCCUUCAGUUCAGCUCACCGCCUCCAGUGAAAAGAAGCCCUGGCCUUUUGGACAUCCAUUCCCCCGGCUCCCUCCAGAGGAACUGCAGCUUUGCAGAUGACCUGGAACUGGAUCCAGAGCGAGACAAUGAACUGGCUCCUGCCACCUCAGUGUCACAAUUGACAGAGUCACACCGAAAAGCCAUCCGGGUGAUCCAGAGAAUGCGUUAUUUUGUGGCCAAGAGAAAUUUUCAGCAAGCUCGUAAACCAUAUGAUGUGCGAGACGUGAUUGAGCAAUACUCCCAGGGUCACCUCAACCUCAUGGUGCGCAUCAAGGAGCUGCAGAGAAGACUGGACCAGUCUAUAGGGAAAAUAACUUUGUUCCAGUCAGGCUCAGACCGAGCCAAAGACAAAGGCACCAACUCUAUCGGAUCCAGACUCAACAGGAUGGAGAACAAGAUAACACACAUGGACCAGACGUUAAACCGCAUCGCAGAGUCCCUCACCUUUCUGCUAGACCAGAGGGAUGUUGAUGGGGGCGAAGGUGAAGGCAGGCAGAGGCCACGGCUUGGACGGACCUCUAAUGUUCUCCCCAGCCAGGACAGCCUGCCAAGCUACGACCAGCUAUCUUCAUCACCUUCGUCCCUCUCCAACACCGCCAGCACUGCGGCUUGCCUCAACCAUCCCCUGAGCACCACCGCCAGUCAGGAUGAGAACUGCUGAAACCUUCAACCGAGUAGCCUCAGAGUCUGUCUGUCUGUCUGUCUGUUAACAGAUCCAUGUCAAGUGAAAGUUAACUGGCUGAUGAGAAGGUCACGGCUAGCCUUAGCUAAAGCGAAAACAAUAUUUACUUUUUCCCUAGGUCUUUUCUGUAAAUGUAUACUCUUGAGACAGACAAGUUAGGUAAAAACUUGUGGUCAAAAGCAAAAAUUAGGCAUAUAACAGACAGAGAGACAAGAGAGGCAAAGGUCAGAUGGGCUAGCAGAGGAUCAAACAGGCAAGGUCAGAUGGGUAGAACAAAAGGCUGCAAAGCUAAGGCAGAAGCACAACAGACGAUCUGGUAAAGAGUGAAGCGGAAUACUGCAGGACUUAUGGCGAAAGUGGAAACCGGUGUUGUAGGUAGGUGGGGGAGGUCAGUACCAGGAUUUGAAAGGACUGAGUUAAAAUGUGGACAAGAGAGACAUGAGAAUGUGCAACUAAGAGUUGGGUGUUGUCGUGACAGAACUAACAUCUUCGCUGAUCCAAUCAUGAUGGAGAAAAACUCCAUAGCUAAACUCCUUCUACAGCUAUCGUAACAAGCUUAGAUUUAAAAGAAACUGUUGUUUCAGCUUCUGAUUCUAUAGGAAUUCAUGCGACUUGGUUUGGUAAAUAUGGGCAGACAGACAAAAGAUUUCCUAUAAGUUAUGGACAUUACACAUUUAAAAUAAAGUAUGUUUAAACAAA